AUGACAUCGCUUUCUGCCACGAGUGUGAUUUUGCUUGGCUUGGUGGGUCUUCUCAAGCACGACACAAUUCCACUGUCUCUAACUAAUGUAGUUGGUCUUGGACACCAUAAAUUAAUAGUAUGUUAUACUCAGCUUUACAAUGUUUCCAUAUAUAAACUCGAACACAAAAAUGGGCUGAUGAAAUCAAAAGAAUCUACCAACAUUGUUAAUCAUAUAAUGAUGUCUGAAGAUAGUGAAAUAAUUUCUAUGGGUGGUAAAUCACUUACCUGCUGUGACUGCAAUUGCCACCUAACGGAUUUGGUUGAGCUUAAGUCUCCAAAUAAUGAAUCUGAAGUUAAUCAAAAUCCACAGGUGCCGGCAUCUGAUUCUAGCAUGGAAAGUGUCAUGAAAGAGAAUGCUGCUUUGAAAGCGGCUCUGGAAGAUGCUUGGGGAAACCAUGCAAGAUUACUUUACAAGCAAAAAAUGAUGCGCAAAGAAUUUGAUCUGAUGGAGGCAGAACUUUAUAAUUAUCGCAAUAAAAAUGUUGCACACCAUCAAAGCAAAUGUGAUAUAUCCACACAAACAGCCUUAGACUCAAACUUCACUUCUGAUGCAGAUUCCAUAGAGGAAAAUGAUGGCAAAGAUCGUCCUUUGCCUGAUUGGAUUACUAUGAAGCCAGAAUCUCAGUCUGUUGCUGAAAGUGUGAAAGAUGUAGCAGAGAUGAUGGUGAUAGAACUUGAUAUGGAGAAAGAGAAGACUUUAGAUGGUGAUUCCAAUGUUGCCACAGGAUCGAGUAUGGAGAAUCACCCAGUCGAUUGUUUUAGUUCUGACUCACCUUUCGUCUAUGAUUCUUCUUCCGGAAUGUACUAUGACCACACCAGUGGUUAUUAUUAUGAUGCUAAUUCCACAUUAUACUACGAUCCACGUACGGGGACAUACUUCUAUUACAACUAUACAACCAACGAGUAUAAGUUCCAUUCUAAAGUUGAUUCCACAACCUCUGAGAACAUCAAUGAAUGUGAGUCUCAUUUGAGUGACUCUUCUUUGAAGAGUAAGACAGAAGACUCCAGUGAGUUAGAGGAAGGAGAGAUCAAAGAACACAAGAAAAAGAAAUCAAAGAAAAAAUUGAAAAAGAAGCAGAAACACAGCCACAAGCACAGUUCUGACCUUCCAGUUGAUCAACAAUGGGAAAGUUGCAGCACACACCUGCUAUCAGCAGAGGACAAUACAAACACAAGUACAGAAUUUAAUCCUGAAGGCUGUCAUUUGACAGCUGCUACUGUUUCCUAUGGCAUAAGCCCUCCGCAAAGUUUAUCUGAGAAAGAGGAAGCUGACUAUCUCGCAUGCCAAGAACUUUAUGCUCAGUCAUCAAAACCAAUAGAACCUGAACAGUUUUACUACAAGAAAUCAGAUCCCUGCGAUUUGUGGCCAGCUUGUGUUCGAUUAAUUGUGACAAAAUCUAGUUAUUUAAAAAUUGGUAAACUCUUCCUUGUCACAUACACAGGAGCUUCCAUUGGUCAACGAGACAAAGACUUAAUACAAAUUAUGGACUCUGGCAAACCAGGAUUGUUUGCUAAAAUUUCAUUUCAUGAAAAGAACCAAAAUUAUGCUGUCAUAAGUUAUUCUAAGCAGAUUGGACCAUUUGUGAAUAGUAAAGAAGUUCUUCAGGGAGAGAGUCCUGUCCCACUACAACAUGAAGACACCUUGACUGUGGGAGGUACGACAAUGGCAGUCCACAUCCACCCUGGUUCUGAGACUUGCGAUGAUUGUGAACCAGGCCUGGUUCAAGCUAAAUACGACUCACAAUCAAAAACCUGUCAGCCUGGUAAGUCAAAUAAGUUGAAUUGUUUGUUGUUGUUGUUGUUGUUGUUGUUUGGGUCCAGGUCAGCUCUGAUGAAACUGACAUGGUCAAAAGCAUUCCACUGUUUUUUCAUCAGACAUAGUGUAUCUAGGACUAUAUAUUCAAAUGUAUCCUCCAAUUUUCUCAGACAGCAGUCUUUCAUUCAAGAGAGAUUUUGCUGCUUUUUCUAUCUAAUUCUGCUAAUACUAGCCCUUUCAUCCUUUCAGGGUUGAUGUAGUCAAUUUACC